UGGUCCCAACAGAGCUUGAAGUGCUAUGGCCCACAGACAUAUUCGCAGAGGAGCAAAUGAAGAACAAGACGCUGCUCAGCUGAAGUUGGGUGAAGAAUUUCAAAAUGCCCACUGCCUUUUCAUAUCUGAAUUAAAUAUUCUCCUGGAGGCUCAACGAGAAUCCAAGGAUCACAGCGGCGAAAACAGGCCACAAACGAAUGUGUUGCAAAAAACUGUAAGCUACGUCCAAUCUUUCAGUCGAUUCACAAACAGAGACUCGGUUCGAGAAGUUCGAGGUUUACUGGCAAAGGACAGUAGCUUGUCACAGUUUGAAAUUGCACAGCUUGCCAAUUUGUGCUGCGAUGAUUCAGAGGAAGCAAAGGCUUUGAUCCCGAGCUUACACAAUAAGAUUGAUGACGACCGGCUGCAAGAGUUGAUGAAUCAAAUGCUUACCAUCAAGAAGUUCCAAGGAUAGUUUAUCAAUCUUAGUGCAUUCUCAUCACCUUAUCGUGCGUUCAAUAACGCUUUUAAAAUGUACAUUAAUACAAUGCAGUUAAACUUGAGAAUAUAUACUGUGUACGCUUUAUUCAUAAUGCUCUAGACAGCGCGGUGUGUAAGUAUAUGGCUGGUAAAGCCUGCUGUAUAACCGUCGAACGCGAGGUUACGUCUACUUGGAGGAUCGCAAGUUUGGUACCUUUUGCGCAACUCAACGCGAAGACAGGAGCCCUGCUAAUAUUGCAAUGUUCAAGCUAGGAUGUAGCACACGCUAGAGUUGAUUCCAGUUGAACGCCCUCGAUGAACCAUAAAUUUCACAAUAGGGAUGGCUCCACAAAAUAACAAGACUCAGCAAUAUAUCACGCGCUGUAACC